UCAUCAAGGGAUAGAUUAUUUUUAUAUACAUGUAUAUAUAUAUAUAUAUAAACGUUACUCUACAGUCGAGUAGUUGGUCGACAAGAUAGAGAAAAAAAUACGGAAUAUGGUGGAAAGAGAAAGAAGAAAAAAAAAAAGAAAGAAAGGAAGGAAAAAAGAAAAAACAAAAAAAAAGCGACGAACCCACAAAAAAUAGUUUACGCUCCUUUUUGUCAAUAUAUGUUCCUAUCCAAAUUCUCUUUUUCAUAUAUCCUUAAUUUUAAAUAUUGAAAUACUUAUUUAUGAAGUUUGAAUAAAAUGAUUUUAUUGACUAAACCAGAACUUAAAUAUUUGGAUAAGAAUAAAAUUCAUGUAUCAAGAAGACCAAAAUUCUUAACCUGGAUCAUAUUUGUUUUAUAUACAAUUCUUUUCAUCUGGAUAUGUUAUCACGUGACGAAGAAUAUUUUUUUUCUGAUUGUCUCAAUUCUGGGAGAGAUAACGUUUUGUUUGGACACUUUAGGGGAAUGGGAAGAUCUAAUUUUAAAUAAAGAAACUAAUAAGGCCAUUAUAUCAAGAUACACAUGGAGCGACAAGUUAUGUUAUAAAUUUUUAAAUAAACAAUCCAUUUUAAUGGAAUUAGAUGAUAUAAGAUACGUUGGUGUAUCCAUUGAGUUAGGCCUCUUUAUCGUUCAUAAAAAUGGAAAUAUUGUUUCCAUUAAUAUGAAUGGCUUAACACGUAAAGAAAUACAAAUUUUAAGAAAAGAAAUCAAUUAUUUUUUGAAUAUGAGUCGUAUUCAAUGUUUAGAUUGUUUUCCAAGUGAUCCAUACGACCAGCUAAUUGUUAUUUCAGAUUCAGGAAAGGAACGAUUUAAAAGAUUGCCUAAAAAAUAUAAAUCCAUUUCAAUAUCUAAAGAAAUGUUACAGUCUAACAAUGAAAUGAAUGAUCUUAAAUAUUCGCUACAACAAAAUCUUAGUUCGCCAUUAUUAGGAUCCAAUAAGAUUGUUAAAUCUUGUCAAGAAAAGCAUUUAAGAAAAGGUCCAUAUACUGAAAAUAGUUUAUCUUUUGUUUACUCCAAAUAUAUGAAACCUAUCUCUGUACGUUCUUAUGAACAUGAUACUAAUUUAAAAAUUUCUUAGAGAAAAAAAAAAAAAAAAAGAAAAAGAAAAAAAGUUGUACGUGUUAAUGUUAACUGUUAAUCUUUAUUGAUUGAAUUAUAUAAAUUUAUGUUAAUUUUUAUCUAUAGAUCAAUUCAAACUAUUACUUUUACUCGCAUAUAUUUAUGUCAAUAAAUAUUACGUUAAAACGCAUAAUAAUAAUAAUUAUAUGCGCUUUA